AUGAAGACGCUAACUCCACAAAGGUUGUGUGACGUGUGGGCAUUCAUUUACUCUUUGACGACUCAUACCGGAAUAUUGCUCCUCGAAUAUGAAGCUGUCAGCUACGUAUGGGGUAGCGAGGACAAUCCAGUCAGCUUAAACUGCGAUGGUCGUGAGAUGAAGAUGACGCAAAGUCUUGCGGGCGCUUUACGUCGCUUUCGUCAAGAAGGUUACGCUCGUACUUUGUGGGUCGACAGCAUCUGCAUCAACCAAGCAGAUUUGUUGGAGAAGAGCGCGCAAGUGCCCAUGAUGAGCAACAUUUUCAGGAGAGCGUCCUGUGUGCUCAUAUGGCUAGGCGAGGAGAGGCAGGAUAGUGACGACGCAUCCAAAGCUUUCCGCUGUAUGACAAUCCUCAACAAGAAUUUCUCGGGUCGUGAAGAACUUCAUAAAUAUCACAAUAUGACUUUCAAGGAUAAGUCUCGAUAUCUGGACCAGGUAGAGCGGGAAUUCCGUCUACCAUCGCGCGACGAUGUGGCAGCUCUAAAUAAUUUGUUCGAGAGCCCAUGGUUCGGAAGAGCCUGGACAUUUCAAGAGAUACAGGUAGCUCGCAACAGCAAUUUCUAUCUUGGCUUAUACCGUAUGGAAGUAGAAAUGCUCUAUCAUAGCAGGGUAACAUUGGACCAGCUGGCUGCCUCUACACAAGACUUCAGAUUCCUCGUUCGUCGAAAUCCGCUCGCACUUUACUCGUUUGUCCAACACUCUGUGAAAGACUCGAUCACAUCAGACACUCGGAGGACCUUGAGAUUCCUAUCAACUAUGUCAGUACGGCGAGGUGCAGGCUGCAAGGACCCGCAUGACUUAAUCUACAGUAUCCUCAAUAUCGUUCAGGAUGGCCCAUCCAUCAAGAUCAAUUACGCGCAGCCUUGGCCGGAGAUGUUUGCAGAGUCAACAGCUCAAUACAUAAAUCAAUCAGAGAGUCUCGAGAUCUUGAAUCAAGCCUUGCCUAAGACAGAUCUUACCACGUUGCCUUCGUGGGUGCCCGACUGGCGUCUAGGGCCAGAUCAUAACCUUGGAGGAGCCAUGCGCCUCACAAAUCUCACCGGGAGACCCUAUCGCUGCACUGCCUCCUCCAAUGUCGACGGGCGUUUGUCUUCGUCAUGUAGGGAUCUUAGUCUCCAGGGUUUACUUUGGGAUUCUAUUCUCGCAGUAACCGAGAGUAGUCCCAAGGCAUCAGCUUUCAAGUGGAUGCAAAGACAAGCGUUCAAUCUGCACGGUGAUCAGACACUCAACAGCCCCGAGCAAGAAGAGCUCCCAACACCUGACUCAACCUCCUGCUUCUAUGAACCAACAGGACAAAAUUUCAACAACUGUUGUAUAACACUAUGCCUCUUGGACAUAGAUCCUACGCAAGGCCUUGGUACGGCCACCAGCCACCGUUGGCGUUCAUCGUCCAUUGAACGUGAUACAGAGACCACCAGCUACGAUGAGUUUAAGAAACUUAUAGGGGAGGCAUCGGAGACAAACAUGUCGCAAAGACGCAUCGCAUUCACUCAACACGGUCGGUUCGGUGUUGUGCCAAAAGCUGCGCGCGUUGGAGAUACAAUAGCCAUCCUCAUGGGCGGAGACGUACCCAUCUUGCUAAGGCCGGAUCCAAGCGAUCACAAAUACGAGUUCGUCGGCGAAUGUUAUAUGCAUGGUUUCAUGGAUGGACAAGCUUUGGUCGAAGCAAGACGCAAAGCAGAGCCAGACUACGAUCAUAAGGAUACGUCUUGGCUGGAGAGACUGCACGAAGAGCCUCUACCGUUCCCCACGGUUGAGAUCACCAUCAAAUAG